AUGAUGGUGGAUGUGGAGCUGCUACCAGAGCUCCGACGCUUGCUUCAAUCCUCCAAGAAGUCAGCGAAUCACCUGGGUCUACGCUGCAACGCCUUGGGGGAAGAAGGCGCACAAGUCUUGGCUGAGACCCUACCCAGCUGCGAAGUCACCUUCCUGCAGCUGGAAAGCUACUGGGCGGCAGGGCUCUGGAGGUCGGAUUGCUUGCUGGGGGAAGCUGGUACAGCUGCUUUGGCAGAGGCUUUCCUUCGAGUCAAAAAGCCUGCAGCGAAGAUGAACCAAGCUGCCAGCAACAUCAAGCUAGCCUUGCUGGGGGCACAGGAACCGCAGGACGGUGAGUCGGAGAAAGCAAUCGAUGGCAGCCGCAAGGGAUUCAAGGUGAAUGUUCUGGAUUUGAGUGGCAAUGCCCUUGGUCCUGAAGGGGUUCGAUCUUUGGUCCCUGUCCUUGAAAUGCGCGAGCGAGACGGUGGUGUUUUGGAGCGCCUAGGGCUGGAUGAGAACAGCCUAGGACAGCCACUGCGCCAUGCUGCGUUGCUGUUGGGACCAAGCGGGGCAGAAGUGUUGGCGCAGGGUUUGAAAAAGAAUUCUGUGCUGAAAGGUCUCAGCCUGGCGCGGAAUCGGCUGAGGGACGAGGGCUUGGAAUGUUUGGCCAAAGCCAUGCCCGGAGGCUGUGGCAAGCGCUUGCGCAGGUUCUGA